AUGGCGUCCAGCGGGCAGCAAUACUACGAGCUUUACCGCCGUAGCAGGGAGAAGGUGAAGGCGCGGCUGACGUUCAAGGGCUCGCUCGACACCUACCGAUUUUGCGACGAGGUCUGGACUUUCCUGAUCAAGAACGUCCAGUUCAAGAUGGAGAACGGCGGACAGGCUGUGGUCGCUGAUAAGGUCAAGAUCGUCAGCUGCAACGCUAAGCGUCCAGGCGAGGGGCAAUUGAAGAACAGGGUUGCUCGCGAGCAGCAUCCUCUGCUCAAGACACACCCUGCACAAGCCUCAGGAGCCGACGGGAUGAGCUGGGCCCAGAGGAACCACUGGAUCGUAUUGGCGGUCGCCAGUGGCGCAUGCGCCUCUUUCAACGGCGUCUUCGCGAAGCUCACAACGGGCGACGCCACCGUAAGCUUUGCACAGGGCAUCGCUGGGUUCUUCCAUCUCGACUCCGUCGAGGGCUUUGUCGAGUACAUUGUCCGCGCCGUGUUCUUCGGGCUCAACUUGCUCUUCAACGGAGUGAUGUGGGCCCUUUUCACAAAGGCGCUGGCUCGGGGCAACUCGACGACGCAAGUAUCUAUCAUGAAUACCUCGUCUAACUUCUUUAUCACGGCUUUACUCGGCCUUGUCAUCUUCUCGGAAGACUUGCCUCCUCUUUGGUGGGUCGGGGCCACGUUCCUGGUCGCUGGCAACGUCAUCAUCGGGAGCAAGGACGAGGGUGGGAAGACCGAAGGGGACGACAGCAGCCCUUCUGGUCAAGAUGGUUCUCACAGGUACGAGGUUGUACCGGAAACUGUCAACGACGUGGGUUCUCAUCUGAAGGACCAUGAGGACGAGGACAUCAUCCAGCUGGGAGAUCUGGAUGAUUGA